UUAACACUCAUGAGUUGCUGUCAUAUGGUGACAUCGUUUGAGUCUCUCUAGUCAUUGAACAGAACAAGAAAAAUAAAUCGAAUUAAAUUUAUAAUCUGAAGUUAUAUGUGACCCAUCACAUCUGUCAAGUUUUAAAAUGGGUUUUGUUUUGUUUUUUUGGUAGGGGAGCGUCCAGCAGCUUUUAAAUGUUAAUUUUCACAUCAUGUGUUCCAAAAAUAAUUGGUUAGCCUAGGUCACUUCCACCCUCCAACGCUGUGAAUACAGUCUCUGUAGCAUUCGCUAUUUAAUGUCUUAUCUUCCCGAGCUAUUUGAGAAAUCGCUAGAUCGCCUUAAUACCGCAGUCGCCACUUUGCGGACUGGAGGGCGGAGUCUGCUUCGUUCUGAGGACUGCGUGGCUCCGCGCAGAGAGCUCCUGCUAGGCCUGCGAGUCCUGUUCUGAAUUCUUACCCUUAUUUAGUCCUUGUCACCACCCCCACCGUGGGAACGGCCUGACGGCCACUCGUCAAAGGAAGUGGCUGCCGGCAGCUCUUGACCCGGAAUCGGAUCCUAGUCCCACCCCUUCUGCUCCAGGCUUCCUUCUGCAACAGGCGUGGGUCACGCUCUCGCUCGCUCUCUUUCUGCCGCCAUCUUGGUUCUGCGUUCCCUGAACAGCCUCCUUUAUAUUCCCUUCCUUCAGAAAUGCCCGGAGAAGCCACAGAAACCGUCCCUGCUACAGAGCAGGAGUUGCCGCAGCCCCAGGCUGAGACAGCUGUGCUACCUAUGUCUUCAGCCUUGAGUGUCACUGCUGCCUUAGGCCAGCCUGGACAAACCCUCCCCACUCCUUGCUCUCCUGCCCCACAACAGUGCCCUCUGUCAACUGCUAACCAGGCUGCCCCAUUCCCUUCCCCCUCUACUAUUGCCUCGACCCCUUUUGAAGUUCCUUUUACCCAGUCAUCCUCUGGAACAGCCCUACCUUUGGGAACUGCCCCUGAAGCCCCAACUUUCCUACCAAACCUAAUAGGGCCUCCCAUCUCCCCAGCUGCCUUAGCUCUGGCCUCUCCCAUGAUAGCUCCAACUCUGAAAGGGACGCCUUCCUCUUCAGCUCCCUUAGCUCUGGUUGCCCUGGCUCCCCACUCAGUUCAGAAGAGUUCUGCUUUUCCACCUAACCUUCCUUCUUCACCUCCUUCAGUGGCUGUAGCUGAGUCAGGGUCAGUGAUAUCACUGUCAGCUCCCAUUGCUCCCUCAGAACCAAAGACUAAUCUUAUUAAAGUUCCCUCUGAGGUAGUCCCUAAUCCAAAAGGCACCCCCAGUCCUUCAUGUAUAGUCAGUACCGUUCCUUACCACUGUGUGACUCCCGUGGCCUCUGUUCAAUCUGGAAUGGCCUCCCUUCCUCAGACAACACCCACAACUACCCUAGCUAUCACUUCCCUUCAAGUCAAAGAUACCACCAUUUCCUCAGCUCUAACUUCUCCGCAAAACCCAGGAAGCCUCAGCCUAAAGGGGCCUGUUAGUCCAUCUGCUGCCUUACCUCUUUCAACUCAGUCUCUUCCUGUGGUGACCUCUUCUCAAAAGACUGUGGGUCCCAACACUCCCCCAGAUUUUCCCAUUUAUCUGGGCUCUCAUCUUGCACCUUUGUAUCAAAGUUCUUUUGGUUCUGUCCAACCUUUAGGUCAAACAAGUCCCAGUGCUUUGACAGACCCUACAAUGAAGACCAUUUCUAUAGAUCAUUCUUCCACUGGGGACUCUUAUCCUUCUCAGAGAUCUGUAAUUCCUCCCCUUCCUUCCAGAAAUGAGGUAGUUCCUGCUACUGUGGCUGCCUUUCCAGUGGUGGCUCCAUCUGUUGACAAAGGUCCCUCUACCAUCACUAGCAUAACCUACAGCCCUUCUGGCUCCUUAAAUGUAGCUACCUCCUCUUCAUUAUCUCCUACGACCUCUCUCAUUCUCAAAAGCUCUCCUAAUGCCACUCAUCAUUAUCCUUUAGUGGCCCAAAUGCCUGUUUCUUCUGUUGGAACCACCCCACUUGUGGUGACUAACCCCUGUACAAUUGAUGCAGCAGCUACUACCUUUGAGGUAGCUACUUGUGUUUCUCCUCCAAUUUCAUCAGGUCCCAUAAGUAAUAUAGAACCAACUUCCCCUGCUGCCUUGGUUAUGGCACCUGUGGCUCCCAAAGAGCCUUCUACUCAAGUAGCAACCACUCUGAGGACACCAGUCUCUCCUCCUCUGCCAGACCCUGAAGACCUCAAAAAUCUCCCCAGUUCAGUAUUGGUUAAAUUUCCAACACAAAAAGACCUCCAAACUGCACCUGCCUCUCCUGACGGAGCUGCUUUCUCUCCAGCCCAAGCAGAACUCACCACCAAGAAAGACCCUACUGUGUUACCAUUAGCCCAGACAGUUCGUAAAAAUUCCCCUUCUUUCCAAAGUACAUCCUCUUCUCCAGAGAUAUCUCUUUCUCCUGAAACCACCGUAGCAAAGAAAAGCCUUGAAGGCCCUCUCCCUAUAGGUAAGCCAACCAGCACUGUGACCUCCCCGCUGGGUGUUAACUCCUCCUCGGCCUCUGUAAUCAAGACAGAUUCUUAUGCAGACCCAGACUCUGCUGGUCUGCUUCUCAAAAGUUCUCUCAUUACCCCAACAGUGACUGCAUUUCCUUUGCAAAGUGCUGACCCUGCUGGGGUGGCUCCCACAACUGCUAAAGGUACCUCAACUUAUACAGCUACAGCCAGCCCUUUUCUAGAAGGAACUGUCUCUUUAGCUCCUGAAAACCACCCAGUUAAGGAAGGUACUUCCACUUUUACUACUUUAUCCUUGGUUCCUACAGCUUCAGAUUGCCCUGUGGCUCCAUCCCCCCAGAAUACCUCUGCUCCUCUGGCUACCUUAGUGCUGGCCCCUGAAAUCCCAAAGUCUGUGCCCUCACCCUCUCUUCCCGCAGCUGGGACUCCUCCAGGUACAAAAAAGGUUGAUGGUAUUUCUCAUACUUCAGCAUUGGCACCUGUUGCUUCCUCUCCCAAAGAGUGCCCAACUGAGGACUCUGGUGCUUCUGCUACUGCAUCUUCCAAAGGAUCUCUGACUUACCUAGCUGACUCCCCAUCUCUUUUAGGGGUUAGUGUGUCUCAGACUAAAAGACCUCCAACCAAGAAGGGUUCUGCUGGCCCUGAUACUCCUGUUGGAAAUCUCUCGUCCCCUGUUUCUCCAGUUGAAGCUUCGUUUCUUCCAGAGAAUAUUCUUUCUUUCCAAGACUCUAAAGACUCACCCGCCAGGAAGCAUUCUCCCACUCCUCCAUCCCCCAAAGGGGCCCCUGCUCCCUCAGCUGUGACUCCUCUGUCUCCCAAAAGAGUAACACUAACCCCCAAAGAGACCUCCACUCCUUCAGUUGUGAAUCUGCCCUUCCCCAAAGAGGGUCCAGCUACCCCAGCACCCAAACAGGCUCCCGCUCCUCCCGCUCUAUCCAGGACUUCUUCCUCCCUCAAAAAGGCCCCAGCUACCCCAUCCCCCAAAGGGACCCCCACACCCCCAGCUGCAACUCCUCCCUCCCCCAGAGGAGGCCCAGCUACCCCAUCCCCCAAAGGGGCCCCCACACCCCUAGCUGCAACUCCUCCUCCCCGCAAAGGAGGCCCAGCUACCCCAUCCCCCAAAGGGACCCCCAAACCCCCAGCUGCAACUCCUCCCUCCCCCAGAGGAGGCCCAGCUACCCCAUCCCCCAAAGGGGCCCCCACACCCCCUGCUGCAACUCCUCCCUCCCCCAAAGGAGGUCCAGCAGCUACCCCAUCCCCCAAAGGGGCCCCCACUCCCCCAGCUGCAAACCCUCCCUCCCCAAAAGGAGGCCCAGCUACCCCAUCCCCCAAAGGGGCCCCCACUCCCCCAGCUGCAAACCCUUCCUCCCCAAAAGGAGGCCCAGCUACCCCAUCCCCAAAAGGAGGCCCAGCUACCCCAUCCCCAAAAGGAGGCCCAGCUACCCCAUCCCCCAAACGGGCCCCCACUCCCCCAGCUGCAACUCCACCUUCCCCAAAAGGGGCCCCCACACCCCUAGCUGCAACUCCUUCCCCAAAAGGAGGUCCAGCUACCCCAUCCUCCAAAGGGGCCCCCACACCCCCAGCUGCAACUCCUCCCUCCCCAAAAGGAGGCCCAGCUAUCCCACCCCACAAAGGGGCUCCCACUCCCCCAGCUGUGACUCCUCCCUCCCCAAAAGGAGGUUCAGCUACCCCAUCCCCCAGAGGUGCCCCCACUCCCCCAGCAGCAACUCCUCCCUCCCCAAAAGGAAAUCUAGCUGCCCCACCCCACAAAGAGGCCCCCAGUCCUUCAGUUGUAACUUCUCCCUCUCCAAAAGGAGAUCCAGCUACCUCACCCCCCAAAGGGGCCCCCACUCCCCCAGCUGCAACUCCUCCCUCCCCCAAAGGGACCCCCACUCUCCCAACUACAACUCCCUCCUCUAAAGGAAGCUCAACUACCCCAUCCUCCAAAGAGGACCCCACCCCCCCAGCUGCAACUCCCUCCCACAAAGGAGGUCCAGCUGUGACUCCUCCCUCCCCUAAAAGAGGACCAGCUAUCCCAUCUCCCAAAGGGGACCCCACUUCCCCAGCAGUGAUUCCUUUCUCCCCCAAAAAGGCUCCAGCAACUCCAGUCACCAGAGAAGGCCCAGCCACCCCAUCCAAAGGCGAUACCACUCCCCUAGCAGUGACUCCUGUCUCCCUCAAAAAGGCCCCAGCAACUUCAGCCCCCAAAGGAGGCCCAGCUACCCCAUCCUCCAAAGGGGAUCCCACCCUCCCAGCAGUGACUCCUCCUUCCCCCAAGGAGCCCUCAGUCCCCAAACAAGCUCCCACUUCUUCCUCUCCCAAAAAGGCCCCGGCAACUCCAGCCCCCAUGGGGGCCCCCAUUCUGCCAGCUGUGAUUCCUUCUUCCCCCAAAGAGGUCCCAGCUACCCCAUCCUCCAGAAGGGACCCCAUUGCCCAAAUAGCGACUCCUCUCUCUAAAAAUACCCCAGCAACUCUAGCCCCCAAAGAGGCCCUCAUUCCCCCAGCUAUGACUCUUCCCUCCCCCAAAAAGAGCCCAGCAAUUCCAGCCCCCAAAGAAGCCCCGGCUACCCCAUCCUCCAAAGAGGCCUCCAGUCCCCCAGCAGUGACUCCUUCCUCUUACAAAGGGGCCCCAUCUCCCAAAGAGGCCCCUACUCCUCCAGCUGUGACUCCUCCAUCCCCCAAAAAGGGCCCAGCAACUCCAGCCCCCAAAGGGACCCCCACUUCCCCACCUGUGACUCCUUCCUCCCUCAAAGACUUCCCUGCCUCCCCAGUUUCUGUCACAUGUAAAAUGGGGGCCACUGUUCCUCAAGCAUCUAAAGGGCUUCCAGCAAAGAAAGGCCCCACAGCUCUCAAAGAAGUACUUGUUGCCCCAGCUCCAGAAAGUACGCCAGUCAUCACAGCUCCCACUCGGAAAGGUCCACAGACCAAAAAGAGUUCUGCCACUUCACCUCCUAUGUGUCCAGAUCCCUCAGCUAACAAUGGUUCUAAAGGACCCCUUUCCACAGUGGCUCCAGCCCCUCUACUCCCUGCUCAGAAAUGCUCUUCAAAGACAUCAAAAGGCAAAGAUGCUUCUCAUUCCCCAAAGGGCCCCUUGGCUCCUCCUGAGUCUAAGGCAUCCACCCCUCUAACAGCAGCUGCCUCUGAGAAGGUCCUUCCUAAACCUGAAUCAGCAUCUGUCUCUCCACCACCCACCCCACCAGUCUCUCUGCCUCUUGCUCCCUCCCCAGUUCCCACUCUGCCUCCUAAACAGCAAUUUUUGCUGUCCUCUCCUGGGCUGGUGUUGGAAUCACCCUCUAAACCCCUAGCCCCUGCUGAUGAGGAUGAGCUGCCGCCUCUGAUACCCCCGGAACCAAUCUCUGGGGGAGUGCCUUUCCAGUCAGUCCUCGUCAACAUGCCCACCCCCAAAGCUGCUGGAAUCCCUGUCCCAACCCCCUCUGCCAAGCAGCCUGUUAUGAAGAACAACAAGGGGUCUGGAACAGAAUCUGAUAGUGAUGAAUCAGUACCAGAGCUUGAAGAACAGGAUUCCACCCAGGCAACCACACAACAAGCCCAGCUGGCGGCAGCAGCUGAAAUUGAUGAAGAACCAGUCAGUAAAGCAAAACAGAGUCGGAGUGAAAAGAAGGCACGGAAGGCUAUGUCCAAACUGGGUCUUCGACAGGUUACAGGAGUUACUAGAGUCACUAUCCGGAAAUCUAAGAAUAUCCUCUUUGUCAUCACAAAACCAGAUGUCUACAAGAGCCCUGCUUCAGAUACUUACAUAGUUUUUGGGGAAGCCAAGAUCGAAGAUUUAUCCCAGCAAGCACAACUAGCAGCUGCUGAGAAAUUCAAAGUUCAAGGUGAAGCUGUCUCAAACAUUCAAGAAAACACACAGACUCCAACCGUACAAGAGGAGAGUGAAGAGGAAGAGGUCGAUGAAACAGGUGUAGAAGUUAAAGACAUAGAAUUGGUCAUGUCACAAGCAAAUGUGUCGAGAGCUAAGGCAGUCCGAGCCCUGAAGAACAACAGUAAUGAUAUUGUAAAUGCGAUUAUGGAAUUAACAAUGUAACCAUCUGAAAGCAACUUUUUUUGGUGUCUCAAAGGAGUAACUACAGCUUGGUUUGAAAUUUGUACUGUUUCUAUCAUAAAUAAAGUUAUGGCUUCUUGUUGGAUGAACUCA